UACAAGGAAUUGACUGCGUCCUUGAAUUAGACAAAAUGAGAUUACGUGACAAGAUAGGAGUGUACCCUGGUACAGUAUAUCUUGAUCAUCAAGUGAUUGAUGCUGGUAAGAAAAUGUAUGUGGAACCAUUAAAAGGACUAGAGAAGAAGCAUAAGGCACAGAGACAGGUGUAUGUUAUAAGAUGGCGUCCAUCACAAUGUUCAGUUGAUCCAAUAGAAGAAAUUAUACUGGAUAAUUAUAAUGGUGACCCUAAGGAUGUUAUUGGAAAGCUGUCAGAGUUAAGUGGAGUUUCUGUUGAGUAUAUAUCUUAUACAGAGGGUAAACAAUUUCCAGUUGAGAUAUCAUGUCUUGAUAUUGAUAAUGAGUUGAUAUGGUAUCGUAUAGCUGGUGGAUACUCAUUACGACUAUAUGAUGGACGUGUCAUAUAUUACAAAGACAAAAGAGAGACAAAGAAAGAGUUAACAGAUAAAGAGAGAUCAGAAAUACAAGAGGCAGAGACUGCAAGGUUGGAGAAGAUUAAGGAAUGCAAAUCAAAGCAUGGCUUAUAGUUUUGACUGAAAGCUAGGGAUUGGGAUUGGUUUGAUUUUUAAUUUAAUUUAUAAUAAAAGGGAUCUAUCUCUAUGUUUUACUUACCUUCAGGUGGUAUUUUGGUGUCAUCAUCAAAAAUUUGUAGGAAAAACUACAAUAAUAUUUGCUAAUAUUCACUAAUACAGUAUUAUAGAUACUAGAAUGCAGCUAUUAUUUGCAAAAAUUAUAAUUUUGUUUUAAUUGUAUAGAAAUCACUUAAGGAUUACGUAUAUAUCUAUGUACCCAUGUUUAAUUGAUAGUUUACUG